UUUUGAAAUUUUAUAUUUUAAUUACAUGUACAUUUGACACUAUUUUCCUAUUUUAUUUCUUUUUUUGUUGAAAAAUGAGUGUUAUAGAAGAAGAAAUGUUAGGAGUAAACAGUCAAACCAACGACUCUGUUAUUGAUUCCGUGCUGAAAAACUUGCGACCUACAAAGACAGUAUUGUUCGAGGGACUUCAAGAAAAAAAUGUAGGUAUUACAGAGUUUACUACAUCUACUACUGGAAUGUCUGGUAUAUUAAAGCACAGGUUAUCUGAUUUUCAAGUGAAUGAAAUUGAUUUAGAUGGAAAUAUUGUGCGCCUUACGAGUCGUACUGUUCCUGAAAAAGAAUUAGAGGAACCUUGUAAAAAUGAUGUGAUUGAUGAAAGUGGUUUAUGUGAAAAAUAUGCGGAAGAUAUUGAUAAAUUGAUAGAAUCUCAUAGUUCUAAACAAAUCGAAAUUAGUACUGAUGGAUUAACUAAAGAACAGCGUAAAUCAAUACAUAAGUUUUUAAAGUUCAAGUAUAAUAAAAAAGUUAGUACUUGCACUAAAAAAGAUGCUCAGGACAAACCAUUUAUUGCAGUUAGUCUAUCUACUCUUGUUAAAAAUGAUAGACAAACAUGGCCUACAUCCAGGCCUGAAUAUUUACAUUUUGCUUUACACAAAUGUAAUAUGGAUACUACAAAUGUAGUGAACAUUCUUUCUAAACAACUUGGGGUGAAGGUUAAUAUGAUAAAACAUGCUGGCACAAAAGAUAAGCGAGGAAAUACUACUCAAAUGAUAUCAGUUCGAAAAUUAAAUGCUGAUAAUGUUGCAAAAGCUUAUACUAGGAAUAUAUGGACUGGAAAUUAUGUAUACAAAGAUUUUAGCCUUAAAUUAGGGGAUCUUAAAGGAAAUAGAUUUCGUAUAGCUCUAAGAAAUAUUAAAGGAAGCGAUGAAGAGGUAUCUAAUUCUAUUGAAAUGUUAAAAAUACAUGGAUUUGUUAAUUAUUAUGGAUUACAAAGAUUUGGUAGUUCAUUAGUAUCUCCGACUUAUGUUGUUGGAAAAUCAUUGGCUUGUGGUAACUGCGAAGAAGCUAUUGAGCAUAUUUUGAAACCUAGACCUAUGGAAAGUGCCUUUGAAACUGAUACUGAUCGUGCCAGGUCAGUUUGGUGGGAGACAAGAGAUCCCAAAAUGGCUUUAAAACAAUUAUCGAAGAAAAAUUUUACAGUUGAGGCUAAAAUUAUACGAUCGUUGGCAUUUAAUGGUCCCAAAGCUUAUGUUAAUGCUUUUCAAAUUAUUCCAAGGAAUUUGGUGCUGUUGUAUCUUCACUCCUAUCAGAGUUUAUUGUGGAAUACUAUUGUGUCUCAACGUAUAAGAAAAUAUGGUUUAAAACCAAUAGUUGGAGAUUUGGUAUUCAAGGACAAUGAUGCAAAAGAAGCCCUCAUUGAAAUUAUUGAUGAAGAAGAAAUUAAAGAAGAAAACAAUGAUUUAAGCAAUGGAAAAUGUCCUGAAGUUGAAAUAAUAUCAGAAGAAAGUUUAUCAAAGUAUACUAUUUUUGAUGUUGUAUAUCCAUUACCUGGUUGUGAUGUUCGAUAUCCUGAAAAUGAAAUUGGGAAAUGGUAUAUAGAUCUUUUAGCCAAGGAUAAUUUGACAUCAGAAAAACUAAUGAAAAAAAAUAAAUUGUUUUCUUUAAAAGGAACUUAUAGAGCUAUUAUAUCUAAAGCAGAAGAUAUAGUAUGGUCUACUGUAAAUCAUGAUGACUUAAACGAUGAUUUGCUGUUAUCAGACAUUGAAAUAAUGAAUAAUAAACAACCAUUCCAUUCUGUACCUGGCGGUUCUUUUAAAUCACUUUUGAUUGAGUUCUCUUUGAAACCAUCCAAUUACGCUACGAUGGUUGUUCGGGAGAUUACUAAACAAGAUACCUCAUCACAUGCUCAAGCAUCAUUAUGCAAAACGUCAAUUAGCAAACGAAACUUAUUGACAACAGAUGAAGAUGAAAACUCUUGUAAAAAAAUAAAACUUGAUGUUAAAGACUAAAUAAAAAUAUAAUAUUUUGUUAUUAAUGCUAAAAA